CAGAGUGCAGCGGGAAGCGCCUUCACUCCGCCGGCCCCUGAUUGGUGUGACACCGGCGGAGUGAAGUCGGGGCUGCACCGCCGAUGGAGGCGGUGGGAGAGAGCGGGGAGUCGGCGGACUCGGAGGAGCCGGAGGUCGGCGGCUUAGUCCCGGGGGAGGAGCGGUCGCUGCAUCAUCCCAAGUAUACAGAGAUGAUGGCUUUAGACAUUGCGGAUAGUACACAAGUAUAUACGGCAUUUCUGGUGUUCCUUGAUCUCUUAGAAGCCAGGAACUGGAAAGAUGUGACAUACAAGGGAUCUGAAGAGCUUCAGCUGGUCUAUCUACAGGGUUGUCCAGGGGAGCAGGAGGAAAUGGAAGUGGUAGUGCCGAUGCCAGUUCAUAUGACAUUGAGUCACGAAAGGAUUAGAAGAAUAAUGGAGUGUACCUGUGACCAAAGUGAAAAGGAGCUCACCCUGGCCGUUGUUGACUCAGACUCUACUGUGGUGUAUUAUCAGCUUACCAAUGGGUUUGUUGUACCAGACCCACCAGACGUUGUUGAGGAGGACAGCAAACAAUGCAGAAAGAGGCAGAGGAAGUUUCUGCGAUGACCCCUGUUCAUUUUGUCAGCUCGUUCUGGGGAAGGUUAUUUUACCUAAAGAGAGAAAUGUGUUAAAUCUCUGCAAAAAAAAAAACUCAAUUAUGUUGUUUCAGGUGAUAUAUCCUGUAUUUACAGGUGUCUCAUGGUCUUGCCUGUUGCUUUCACAAUGAAGGCGUUGACUUAUAAUGGCUGUUUCAGUGUUAACCUUAGUUGUAUUCAUUAGCUUCAGUAUAAAACAGUUGCAAGAGUGUGACUUGAAAUUAUGUUAAGAAGGUCUGGCAGCAUCAGCUGAGAAGAAAAGAGUUGACGUUUCGAGUCCUCAGUUCUGUCGAAGGGUCAUGAGGACUCGAAACGUCAACUCUUUUCUUCUCCACCGAUGCUGCCAGACCUGCUGAGUUUUUCCAGGUAAUUGUUUUUGUUUUGGAUUUCCAGCAUCCGCAGUUUUUUGUUUUUAUCUCUAUGUUAAGAAGGUCCAUCUAUAUUCAGGUCUAUUUUGCUGUAUAGCAGUGUUGACUUACUGUUAGGGUUACCUGUUUCCUUUCCUCCGUCAAGAGAAAUUGCAUGCAGAUCUCCUAGAGCAAUGUUAGAAGCACUUGCUGUAUUUUGAUUCCACUGCUGACCUCCGGUCUCACAGGUUGAUAUUCAGUGAGGCUGCAUGUUAUAGCAUGAACUAGCAGCAUUAGAAAAACCAAAUCUGCUGAAAAGAAAAUAUAGGCAAUUCUGCUGACGGACUUGAAUCUUACUGUUAUAAUCUGAUGUCCUGUUGAUAUCUUUGAGUUACUGUCUUGUCAUAUACUGUCAACCAUCCACUAAGCCUUAUGAAUAGCAAAGAUAAACAAUGUUGAGGUAGUUUCAAUCUGUACUGCUAUAAUCUAUCACAACAUUAAAAGUGUGUCUUAAAUAGAUUGAUUCAAGCGCAAGUGGUGAUUGAGUUCCAUUAAACCUAGCUGGAAUUUUGAGCACUGAGAUGAAACACUAAUCUAUUUGUGAUUGGGUUGGUUGAUGUCGAAAGAAGCUAUCCUGCCAGUCAUCCUUGUCUGGGCAAGACGUGUGAAACAAGGAGAGUAAAGGAUAGAAAAUAAAGUACCAAUUUAAAAACACAUUGUAAAAUUCAGUAUAUAAGUCACAAUGGCAUGGAUUUUUAACUCCUUCUAAAAUAUGGGGUCUUGAUGUACUUUUUAAAUGGACCAGGUGUGAUUUUAAUACCAGGGCAAUAUUUUACAAUGGGUUUUGUGGCUGUAUCUAGUAAAUUUGUAAUUUCCCAGAGAUGUGUUGUAAGAAUUUGUACAAAUAUAUUUCCUAUAUUUGUAUAGCUGUAAUGCAAGAGUCUCAUUGUUGCUGACAGAAUGAGAUUGUCAUAUGCCACAGUAUUUUGCAAUUCCAUGCUUUUGAUUUAAAUAACCUCAAGUUAGUGGAAAGAUGUAAAUGUUCUCUAAGUUUCUUGGCCAGUUGUGAAUCUAGGCAUUUAGAGGCGAGGAUUUCAACUGGGAUUUUCAAUGUCCUCUUAAAAAAAUCCAGCAAUUUAGUGGUGCCCGCUAACCUGUGUGCAGCAGUGAUGAUCACAUUUCUACAAACAAAAGCUUCAAAGAUUAAACAAAAAUCCACACUGGAAUGUUGCCUGUUAGUCAAUAAAACCACCCAUAAGUUGACAAAAGCAAACUUGCUGCUGCAAUUAUUGACCCACAGGGGUUUUCUGUUUAGGGGCAAGAAGUGAAUUAGCAUGUUAAUCCAGAGAGUCCUUACCUUUUAUUUUUAACUUCUAAAUGCAAGCAGGCAUCAAUCUUGUUAAUCCAAUUCACCUGGGGCUAUGUAUAUUUGUUGUCAUAUCAAUGAAAAGUACAAUAUACUGCAAUAAAUAUAACUCAUGAUUCCAGGGUGAAUAAAGUUAAAUCUUUCUAAAGCAACUGAUUUAAUGGUUAUCAAACAGCAUUCUGUAAAGAUAUAGAGCUGACAUGUAGUUGGCUUUACAAGAUUUUGGCGAUCGGUUUCAAUAAAAUACAACCACGUUCCUGUCA